UUAACCCUCCCAACAUGUCCCCUUCCAGCACACCACCUUUUGUCUGGCAUGACCUCUGAAGACUGAACCUGCCUUUUCUUUCAGUCGCUGGUUUCUUUUGAGGAGGUGGCCGUGUCUUUCACAGAGGCAGAGUGGGCGCUGCUGGAUCCAGACCAAACGGCUCUCUAUGAAGACGUCAUGCUGGAGAACUGUGGGAUCGUGGCUUCUCUGGCAGGAGAUGGGCAGUUGAAUGAGAGUGAUGAGACAGAGCUAAAUAAAGUCCAGAACGAAGAUUUGAAAGGAAUCUUCAGGAAUCGAGGUGGACCUAAUAAGAAGAAAGGAAGUCCCAUGAUGGAUAAUAGGGAAAAACCUAUUUCAUGCCAGGGCCAGGAUUUCAGUGAACUAAUCCAAACAGCAGAGGAAAUACAUAAGUGCUUGGACUGUGGGAUGACCUUCUCAGAUCAAAACGAAUAUGAGAUCCAUCUGCAAAUGCACAGUGGAAAGGAGACCCAUCAAUGCUUGGAUUUUGGAAAGAAUUAUGUUGACAAAACAGAGCUACCUAGUCAUCAAAGAACAGAUAAAGGAGAGAAAUCUUAUAGCUGUACAGACUGUGGCAAGAGGUUCUCAGGAAAAUCAGAUCUUUCUCAAAACCAUUGUGGGACUCAUUCAGUAGACAAUCCAUUGAUCCGCAUAGAGAGUGGAAAGUCCUUCUCUGGUAUAAGAAAGGGUACUGUACAUCUUCCAAAGCACAGUAUAAUAAGAGCACAUAAAUGCUUUUCGUGCGGAAAAUUCUUUAGCUGCAAAUCAAAGCUCCUGGUGCACCAAAGAACUCACACAAAGGAGAGACCUUUUGAAUGCUCGGAGUGUGGAAAGAGAUUCAGUCAGAGUGGCACUCUUCAACAGCAUCAAAGAACUCACACAGGUGAGAGACCUUUUCAAUGCUCGGAGUGUGGAAAGAGAUACAGUCAGAGUGGCACUCUUCAAGAACAUCAAAGAACUCACACAAAGGAGAAACCUUUUGAAUGCUCAGAGUGUGGAAAGAAAUUCAGUUGGAGUCGCAGUCUUCGACAGCAUCGAAAAACUCACACAGGGGAGAGACCUUUUGAAUGCUCAGAGUGUGGAAAGAGAUUCAGUCACAGUGGUGAUCUUAAAAAUCAUCAGAGAACUCACACAAACGAGAGGCCUUUUGAAUGCUCAGAGUGUGGAAAGAAAUUCAGUUGGAGUCGCAGUCUUCGACUGCAUCGAAGAACUCACACAAAGGAGAGGCCUUUUGAAUGCUCAGAGUGUGGAAAGAAAUUCAGUUGGAGUCGCAGUCUUCGACUGCAUCAAAAAACUCACACAAAGGAGAGCCCUAUUGAAUGCUCAAGAGUGUGGAAAGAGAUUCAGUCACAGUGGUGAUCUUAAAAAUCAUCAGAGAACUCACACAAACGAG